GGAAAUGUAGUCCAGCGCGCCCGGCGCGGCUGCGUGUGCCGCCUGCUUGUGGUUUCUUCCGUGAGUGGGGUGUUUUAUUUUCGUUGUGACAGGAGUCUCCUCAUGGCUUCCUUUCCCUCCCUCAGCCCUAUCUCUACAGACUGCACAUUCUCUAGGAAGGCCCCCCAGGAAGGAGGAAGGCAAUGGGUGGUGGGCCUCCGCCCUUGGGAGCUCAGGAGUCAGUGACAUUCAAGGACGUAUCUGUGGACUGCUCUUGGGAGGCGUGGAUGCGGCUAGAGUCUGUGCAGAGGAAGCUGUGUGGCAGACUGAUGCUGGAGAGCUCCAGGAACCCGGUCUGCCUGGGACAUCAACUUUCCAAAUCAAAUGUGAUCUCUGAUCUGGAACAAGGACUGAGCCUGAGGAAAAGAGAACUCCCAGCUUGCAUCUCGCUAGACUUUCAAAAUUAAAGCACCAAGAAGGCUGAGGAGAGACUGGCUGUUGUCUGAGUCCUGUGGAUGUCCUAGGCUCUCCCUGGGGACCCCCUGAAGACUUCCUGUUAUCUGUUGUCUGUGCAGUUUGUCAAGGAAAUAGGAAACCAGGCCUGGCGUGUUGUCUUUUGGCAUCCUGUGUUCCUGGGAGGAUCUUCUAGACCAGUUGUUAAAAAUUUAUAGGCCAGCUGCUUCCGGAUGAUGGAGGACAUGGUAAUACCAGUGGAUUCCAUGAGCAUAGGCUCACUGUUGCACUUCUCUGCCUGUGAAGUGAGUUCCUUGGUGAGAAGCAAUGCUAUAUGGAAUAACAUGACAGUGAAGAAAGCAUUCUGUCAGUCUACAGAUGAUAGCUUUGGCAGAAGCGUUCCACACAGGAAAGGCAAACCCAUAAUCACAAUAAGCUCUCUGUUCCAGUAUUAGGUAUUCUGUGUUGUGUGGGACAUUCAAAGGAAUGUAAUUUUAGGCUCUCUGGCAGUAGAGAGGAACAGUUUCUAUUAACUGAACCUUGAACCUCCAUUCAGAAGCAUAUUUAUUGAGUGUACACAAAGGUUGUGUUUGAGAUACAAGUUCCUCAAAACAAAGCUGAACCUCGAACCUCUGUUCAGAAGCAUAUUAUUGAAUGUACUCAAAGGUUGUGUUUGGGGUACAACAAGUUCCUCACACCAAAGCCCCUUUGAUCUAUUCUCUAUGUUCUCUGAAGGAAAUCAUCACAGCCUGCAACCAUAGUUCUGAUUGUGUAAUGUUUGCAGUACCAAUAAUUCAAGAUGCUCCAAGUGUGCCUGGAGAGUCUUGUGACCAAAGUCAGCAACGGAUGGAAAACUUCCUCAGAAAAAGAACUCUAUAAGUCAUAGAAAAUAGUCACUGUUCUCUACUAUGGUUUCUUCAAGAUCUAGGUACCUUCAACAAACACUGAUACAUUUAACUGUUAUCCUAGAUACAGUGAGAAGCAACUGUUACAUUCUAAUGUUUACCCUAGAUACAGUGAGAAGCAACUGUUACAUUCUAAUGUUUACCCUAGAUACAGUGAGAAACAACUGUUACAUUCUAAUGUUUACCCUAGAUACAGUGACUCUACUAGAUUCGCACUACAAGUAAGGACAAAGUGUUGUCCUUUCCAUGAAGAGUGGCCUUAUGUUGUGAAGUUGACAAUCAAGAUUAACUAUCACCAUUCCCUUUCCUGGCUCUUCUUUACAGUGUGGCCAUCCAUUUGUGCUAAUGGAUUCUCCCCUGCACUUUUCGUUGGAUUCUGAGCAGCAAUUCCAGUAUUCUCAAAGAAUGUGAAUUAGAUAACUGGAUGUGGCCAGAGUGAUCUGGGGCAAGAGACAGCUGCUGGCUCAUAUGUUGCUUGCUGAUACCACUAGGCUGGGAGACAAGACUUGAAACCAAAGAGUUAACUCCAAAGUCCAACACUAUUGAAAAUUUGCCCUAUGGGGUCAUAAUGGAAAGGGAAGAUCUCUGGCAUUCAGCUUUAGGGGCUGUCUGGGACCCCCCUUGCUGGUUAGAGGGGCAACAGGAAAGAUAUCUGGACCAAGUGGCAGUGACCCAAAAGGAAACCUUUAAUGAGAAGAGGGUAUGUGGAGGUAAUAAAACUGAAAAAUGUUCUGUUGAGGUUUCAAUGCUUAAUACACCACAAAGCAUUCCUUUGCCAAAAAGACCCCAUAAUUGGAAUUCAUGUGGAAAAGAUUCCAAACAAAAUUCCAAGUUAAUGAAAGCUUCAAGAACGUUUGUAGGAAAGAAAAUAUAUGAAUGUGAUGAGUGCAGGAAAACCUUCAGCCAGAGUUCAUCCCUGCUUAAGCACCAGAGGAUUCACACUGGGGAGAAGCCUUACAAAUGCAAUGUAUGUGACAAGCACUUCAUUGAACGCUCCUCCCUCACCGUACAUCAAAGGACUCAUACAGGAGAAAAACCCUACAAAUGUAAUGAGUGUGGGAAAGCCUUCAGUCAGAGUAUGAACCUUACUGUUCAUCAAAGAACUCAUACUGGAGAGAAACCUUAUCAGUGCAAAGAGUGUGGAAAAGCUUUUCGUAAGAAUUCAUCCCUUAUUCAGCAUGAAAGGAUUCAUACUGGAGAGAAACCCUACAAAUGUAAGGAUUGUGGGAAAGCUUUUACACAGAGCAUGAAUCUUACAGUGCACCAGAGAACUCAUACCGGAGAAAAACCCUAUGAAUGUAAUGAAUGUGGAAAAGCCUUCAGUCAAAGCAUGCAUCUUAUUGUCCACCAGAGAAGUCAUACUGGAGAAAAACCCUAUGAAUGCAGUGAAUGUGGAAAAGCCUUCAGUAAAAGCUCAACUCUCACUUUGCAUCAGAGAAAUCACACUGGAGAAAAACCCUACAAAUGUAACAAAUGUGGUAAAUCAUUUAGUCAAAGCACAUACCUUAUAGAACAUCAGAGACUUCACUCUGGAGUGAAACCUUUUGAAUGUAACCAGUGUGGAAAGGCUUUUAGUAAGAAUUCUUCUCUUACUCAGCAUCGGAGAAUUCACACUGGUGAGAAACCUUAUGAGUGUAUGGUAUGUGGAAAGCAUUUCACUGGGAGAUCAUCCUUAACUGUACAUCAGGUUAUACACACUGGAGAGAAACCUUAUGAAUGCACUGAAUGUGGAAAGGCCUUUAGCCAAAGCGCCUACCUUAUUGAACAUCAAAGAAUUCAUACUGGUGAAAAACCCUAUGAAUGUGAUCAAUGUGGGAAAGCUUUCAUUAAGAAUUCAUCCCUUAUAGUGCACCAGAGGAUACAUACAGGAGAGAAACCCUAUCAGUGUAAUGAAUGUGGAAAAGCCUUCAGUAGGAGUACAAACCUUACAAGACAUCAGAGGACUCAUACAUGAGAGAAGUUUGCACUAGCACCUUCAUCUUGAUCAAUUCAUUAAUAAUAACCCUUUGUCAUAUUAAUGUAGAUACUUCAGAACCAUAACUCAUGUGGGAACCUUUUAGUUGAAGUACAAUAUAACAUACCAGAUAAUAAAACCAUAGCAGAUUAACCAUAUGAAAGUGAACACUUUCAUUCAGAUGGUAAAAUUUUAUAUCAAAUUUGAGUAGCUAAUACGUAAAUGAUGAAGAUAAGCUCUAUUGUGUCAUACUUGGAAUUCUGAUUUGGGCAUCACAGAGUUUUCACACUGGAUGGAAAAUGUGAUAGUACUUAACUAGACAGCCAAAAAAAAUCUGGUAUGUGGUACUAAUCCCCAUGUAUUUAAACAAGUCACCCACUCUCAUAAGAGCACAGUGUCCUUAUGUGCUAAAUGAAAGAUUUGGGGUUAGAUAAAAUGUCCAAAAGAUGCAGGGAAUUUUUUAGUCUUUUGUGGUUAUAUGUGCUGUGGAGAUGCUUUUAUUUCAUACUGUGAUUUUCUUGAAUGUUUUAGGUUAAAAUCCUCUACCUCUAACUCCUAUUGUCCUUCAAGUUCUCCCCUUCCCCUGGUCCUUUAUCUUCUAAAAUGUAGGAUAGUUGCUACUGGGUGGAAGAUAAACUGUGCAUAUUUUAAUGCCAUAGCAUGUUGUUUUGAAUUCUCAACUGAUAGUCAUUAAACUGUUGUUAAAUAAGCUGAUUAUAUUUAGAUGACAAUGAGACAAAUAUAAUCUUUAAAUACUUGGGAAUCAAA